AAGUAAAUUUUAAUGGGGUAUCUGCCGUGUACGUUUUAUCUUUCUGUUUCAAGAACAAUAAAAUGUCGCCCUUGUUUUUAUCUUUCCUGUCGUCUGCGCGUAUAAGUAACUAAAAUGUAAUUUGAAUCAGUUUGUAAAAGGAAUUAUUUAUUUAGGUAACCCACUCAAUUAACCCAUGGAUUUGUCGAAAGAAAAUAAAAACGCAAAAACAAAUAACGCGCAGAAGAGGACAUACAGAGAUUUCUGGAGACAGCGUAACUCACUACCUCAGUUUCAAAAGGAAAAACCAAAGUCUUUGGACCGAGACAGAACUUUCGUAAAAUCUGAUAAUAAGACAGCAGACAACAAUUUAGAAAUGUUACGUGCAGAAGAUGUGAAAGAAGAAUUUCUCGUCUGCAGCAUUUGCACGCAUGAGUUUGACGAAGACUCGCACGUGCCGAGAAUUCUACCAUGCCUUCAUACAUUCUGUCAAGACUGCUUAAGAAAGAUCGUUAAGGCAAAAUCAAUGGAAUGCCCUCUUUGUAAACAAGACCAUGAGCUCCCAAGAGGCGGAAUCACCGGAUUUGCAAAGGAUACAACCAGACGAAACCUAAUUGACUUCAUCAAAGUGCGCAAGCGCUCGUCCGAAAUACUGUGUAAAGAUUGUCCAGAAGAGCAGACGGCGACAGAUUUUUGCAAGGAAUGUUAUAUAUUUAUGUGCCCGGACUGUACAAAAGCACAUAAAAGAAGUCUUGCGUCGAGAAAGCACAGUGUUCUUACUAUUAAAGAACUGCAAAAUUCUGGCAUAGAUGUAUUUCGGCGAAAACUGGUUUGCAACAAGUCCGGCCACGAGGGGCAACAACUCGCCUUUUACUGUACAAAACCCGGAUGUGAAACUUCAAUUUGCACAGCGUGCACUGUGUGUGACCACGAAAAAGCAAAAGGCCACCAAAUCAUCAAUGUCCAAGACCUUUACAAAGUUAAAAAAGAGGAACUGGACCAUUUAUUCAAAACUCUAGAGGCGGAUAUAUCGUCUGCAAAGUUCAUUCUGCAACAGACAGAACAGGAGUUACUAAAUUUGGACAUCAAAGAGCUUGAAAUUGAAAAAGACAUUGAUGAUACGUUUGACAGGUGUCAGAAAAUGCUGUUGAAACGCCAACGUUCACUGAAGGGGCAGUUAGCAGCAAUUUGCGAGCAGAAGAAAAGUAGUAUACAACGACACGUCGAAAUUAUCGAGAACUAUUUAGAUAGCUCCGCAAACGCCAAAGAUUUCUCACUCCAUGUUAUAAACCAUACAGACCCGACAGAGUUUGUUCCCUUACACACAACAUUGCUGCACAGACUUCAGAAUAUGUCACUGUUAAAGUUUGACCGACAAGUACUAAACAUUGAAAGUCCAGUAUUUGAUAACAGCCGUAUGGAGUCCGAAUUUCAACUGUUUACCCGCUCCAUGGGAGAUAUUUCUACCGUCAUGCAACAAAAGAAACUUGCAAUAUCACGUGGUCACACUCACAUUGGUCUGUCCUCUGCCUCAACCACGCGGCAAAUGGCGGACGACAAGCGUUUCGGGGAUAUAUCAUGUCCAUCAUUCUAUUACGAUGUAGAAACUGUGCAUCAGUACCGUGAAAUCAGCGACAACCGUCGGGUGCUUCGAAAUUACUCAACUGUCCAAAAACAGGGAAAUAUUCCGGGUAGCAGAAAACUGAAAAAGUAUCGCGGCGUUCUUGCAAGUCGAGCAUUCCAUGUACCGGGGAAAUUCUAUUUUGAAAUACUUAUCACCUAUAACAUUGUUCGUCCGUUAGACAAUAUAAACUUCGUAUUUGAAGUUGGUGUCAGUCGCCGCAGUGACAUUGAUCAUAAUUAUUAUGUGUACGAUCAGCCAAACGCUUGGUCAUUCUGUGGUCAACAUUGCGACGACCACAAACAGGUUUGCAUCUGGUGCCGGCACAACGGGUACAAUUUAGCCCAUGCUCCUCUCACUUCGAACACACCCGGGACAACAUUGACUCGAACAUUUGGGUUCCUUUUAGAUGCAGAUAGGAGUCAAUUCACUGUUGUGGAUGUGUCAAGGAAAAGAAAGUUCCACACGUUCCAAGGGGUAGAUUUUAACCAUGGACUCUGGCCAGUGUUUGGUUGUCACUGGCCUAGUAAAGUAAAACUUGAAAUGUUGCUGAAAACAGGAAGAGAUAUUGAGAACAUUCCAAGCAUAAUCCAUGCAGUUUAGUAAACAUAUAAACAUGAUUAAAAAACGAAAUUGAAAAUCGGAAGUAUCUGAUCCUGUCAUGACACAAAUAUAGAGAAGUGUGUGUAACAUUAAUACCAAAGAGCUCCUCUGGGGAUUCUUGAUGAUACAAAGUAUAAAAAUGUAACACUUGAUAGACGCAUUAUUAAGGACAGUUUGCAUUAGGUCACACUCAUCACUGUAGAAUAUUAUAUAAAUAUCAUAUGGCAGCGUGUGUGACAUUGAUAUUGUCAACCCGAGGGCAGAAUGUCAUCCGAGGCGAAAGCCGAGUUGUGACGUUCUGUUUCCAGGGUUGACAAUAUCAAUGCCACACACGCUGUCAUAUGAUAUUUAUUUUAUUAUACCGAACAAAACUAAUCACAUAAAAAAGUUUUAAAAAAUGUUUUUAAUUCAUGUAAUUCAACAGUUUCAUCUUAGCGCGGUAAUCGCCUGUGUACAAAUUGAAUAGUGACGUCAUUACUAUAUGUGUACAUGGGAGGCAAUCAUUUCAUGAUUUGGCUAAAAAAUUGAAGCAGUUAUUUGCUCUUAUAUGACAUUCAAAAUAUCAGCGCGGUCACAUGACCUGACAGUCACAUUCGCUUGGUCACGUGUCAAAAUGGUUGAAAAUGUUUCUGAUAGUCAAAAUAUCUCUUUCUCGGGUAAUGGGAUUUUAUCAUUGUAGACAAAAAUGAGGUACAAAAUGUAUAAUAAACAUGAUUAUGCAGCUGUAUAUACGCAAAAAUUGAAACAAAAACAGUCGAACCUGUCUGUAAAGACCACCUCUGAGAAAUGAACAAAUGAUCUAAGUUGACAAGUGGUCUCUCAACACAGGUAAAUCUAAGCUAUUUGUGGAAACUGUAAAAUGAUUUUUUUUCGGCGACGCCGUCUAAAUUCGUUUUCGUUACCUAUGCCACGUGACUUCAGUUUGCAAAUCAAACUACUUGAUAACGCAUUAUAGAUAAUUUAUUAAAAUGGAAGAUUUAUGCAACACUCUGCCUGAUUGGACGAGAGUGUCAAUUUCUUUCACUCUGUUGAUUUUGCUACGCUGAGUGAAAUGUAGACAAAGCGUUUAUCCUAAACGACGCUGUUCACAGUUUUAAAGCUAACUUUGGCUCAGUAUAUUUAGCAAGAAUAUUGAUAUAUCUCAAAAUGAUAAGUAAGUUUAAUAAAUAUGAUAAAAACCUGUCCAAAUACCAACAUAUAUCAAAUUAAAGAAAGAGCUGAAUACGGUCUGCGUAUCACAUGAAUAAGGGUGUGAUAAGAGUCUUUUAUGUAGAGAAGUGCUUUUUAAAAGACUUUCCUUGUUACAAUUGUCGUCUGUAUAUGAAAAGGUUUCUUGCUUUUGUGACUUAUUCAGAUUGCAUAUUAAAAAGAGUACUUGUUUGCUUUGAUAUAUUUUUCUUUAGUAUAGUAUGCAAAUAUUGAACUCAGUUGAAAUCUGUUUUAUUAUAUAUAUGCUAUAUAAUGACUGAAUCUCAUUACACUGAAAUGAAGGUAUGCUGCAUACAGUUUAUCUAUGUGAUAUCACUACGGUCAAACUUUGCUUAUGAAACAGAAAUAUUGGUAUAAUUACAAUUGUAUGUUUUGCUUGA